GCAAAACAGGCGAAAGACGGACAUCAUCGGAAAGAGCCAAGAGGUAUCAUGGGUAUCACUUUCUCUCGUGUCAUCAACGUUGAUUGAGCAAAAUAACUAAAAAUAACACAUCAGCCGUCAACAUUUUGCGAUUACCACCAGCUACCAGCUUGAUCGAAUACUUGAAUAAACAGAACAACAGAAAAAAGACUAACAGUUAACAACAAAACAAUCGCCCAGCAUCCAGUGAAAAUGAUAAGCGCCUAUAAAAACUUCGACGAAAUCAAUCCCUUCAAGUAGAGCGUUUAGUUGAACUAGGCCAUUGUGCAAAGAACCCUCCACGGAGUUCCGAUUGUGACGAAAUGAACCUUCUGGAUUGUAACCCGUACGGUAAUGGUUUGCUGUACGCCGGAUUCAACCAAGAUCAAGGAUGCUUCGCCUGUGCCACCGACAACGGAUUCCGCGUGUACAACACCGAUCCGCUGAAGGAGAAAGAGCGUCAGUACUUUUCGGACGGUGGAAUAGCCCAUGUGGAAAUGCUGUUCCGGUGCAACUAUCUCGCCCUGGUUGGGGGAGGCAUCCGACCGCUUUAUCCACCGAACAAGGUGCUGGUCUGGGACGAUCUCAAGAAAGCUCCGGCUAUCUCGCUGGAUUUCAACGCACCGGUCAAAAGUGUCCGACUCCGGCGAGACCGAAUAGUGGUGGUGCUCGAAGGAAUCAUCAAAGUGUACACGUUUACCCAGACCCCGACCCAGUUGCACGUGUUUGAAACCAGUCAAAACUCGCAGGGACUGUGUGUCCUUUGUCCGAACAGCAACAAAUCGCUGCUAGCGUUUCCGGGGCGUCGGACCGGACACGUGCAAAUAGUGGACCUGGCAAACACGGAAAAAGCACCGCAAGAAAUUACCGCGCACGAAACUGCAAUCAGCUGCAUUGCAUUGAACUUGCAGGGAACAAGGUUGGCCACAGCCAGUGACAGGGGCACACUGAUACGGAUCUUUGAUACGGCCAAUGGUAACAAGGUAGCUGAACUGAGACGGGGCUCGAAUCAGGCUAAAAUAUUCUGCAUCAACUUCAACCAUCAAUCAACGGCGGUUGUCGUUUCAUCCGAUCAUGGAACGAUUCACGUAUUCAAUCUGGAAGAACCUAAAGGCAAAGAGUCCACCAGUCUGUUGACGAAAUAUUUCACCAGCCAGUGGUCGUUCUGUAAAUUUUCUAUCCCGCAAGGUCCACCGUGUAUUUGUUCAUUUGGUUCUGAGAACAAUUCCGUGAUAGUGAUAUGUGCGGACGGCCAUUACUACAAGUUUGUCUACAACAGCAAAGGUGAAUGUAGUCGGGAAGUUUGCUCGCAAUUUCUAGAAAUGACUGAUGAGCACACCUAAUAAAAAUAGGAAAAAAAUACGAACACAGCAGUAAUGCAAUGAGAGAAGUGGUGAACUGUUUAUGAGACGAAUAUUGCAAAAAGAACUUACGGUGUCUUCGAGGCUGGAUGUUUUAAACGAGAAAUAAGUUUAACGGCGGUCGCAUCAGUUACUAAACAGUGUAAAUUAAGUGGUUUUAUUACUAUUAUUAUUUUAUAUAUCUUUUUUUUCUACAUUUAGUAGCGAAAAAUAAUCCAGAAUAUUACUAUCUACAGAUUGAUAACCUGAAUAUCAAAAAUAAAUAAAAAACAUUUUCUCCCAAACGAAACAACUUUCGAAAUGGAUGUAUCUGUGAAAUGAACAACUUUAUUGGACUAUUUAGAAAAGUUAAUAAAUAGUUUCGUUGCGAGAAC